AUGGGCGAAAAAAUUGUAGCUGAAGAAUGCAACUUAACUUGUUCAGAAUAUAAGGACUUUGUUUUUGCACAGUUAGAGUCCAAUUCAAGUCAAUUUGCACAUGACAAUAUUGAAAAUUAUAAGAUGGUCAUUGAAAAACUUUCAAAUAAUCAAAUUUUAGCAGAACCAGCAACAAAGGCAGCAAUGCUAAGGGUUCUUAAACUCUUCAUGAACGAAGUAGAAUCAAUUGGAAUCACUGAUCAGAUGAAAAUCAUAAUUUUCCAAAACUCUGAUGUUGAAAUUAGUUAUGAUACAAGAAUUAAUGGUAAGUAUUCCAUGAUAACAUUUUAUAUCAAAAACAAAUCUUCCAAUCCCAUUAAUAAUCUACAGGUCAACUUUGAAGACAUACCUGAGAUAAAAGUUUUCUCUCAAAAGACAAACCGCUCUGUUCAGGCAGGUGAAGAGCAGAAAAUAGAGUUCGCUUUACUCAUGGUUAAGCCACUUUUCUCUAAAAUCAGAGUUAAUUUUGAAGGAGAUAACCUUAGUGAAUAUCUCACAUUACCUAUAUCAAUCGGUGACUUUUCAACAAUCAUGAAAAUGGACUUCGAUACUUUCAUCAAGAAAUGGAAUCUGAUCAGCAAUUCCAAAUAUAACUCACAGAUUGAUAUCCCAUCUCCAAAUCAUUCUGCGCCAAAUAUUGCAGGAUUGCUAAAUUCUGCUUCUUCUGGACCAGGAUCAGUAAUGAAACUCGAAAAUGGAACAUACUUUGCUGCAUUGGAUGUAGAAGUCAAUAAUACAUCAUGCGGAACUCUAAUAAGAAUGUUCCAGGAAAGAAAUGGAAAUAUUAAAUUCCAAGUUAGAUCUUGCGACCCAGAAGUUGCAGAGAUGUUCACACAUGCAGUUAACACAUACUGCAACCUUGAUAAUUAA